UUCACUUCUUCUCUACUCUUCUCUUUCAUAUCAGUACAAGUUAUUUUCAUUUUCUCUUACAAAUUCAACCGUAAUCACCGCCAUUUUCAGCGGGAAAUUCACCUUCUCUCCAAAAUCCCAUUUUUUCCCCUAUAACCCCACCCCCCACAACUUCACUUUCAUCAAUGUUUGCACGUUUGUCUCUCAUCAUAUUCAACUGUAGCUCCUUUAAAUUUUGACUAUAAACUUUCAGGUACUCCGUUUUCUUCCUUGCUCUGCUUUUCUCAAUCUUGUUUUUCAUUCAUCUGUUGUUUGGGGUUUUGUGUUUGUUUGAAUUGGAUUGGGUUGAAACAGUUUUUUUUUUGGGUGGGUUUAAGGAGUUUUCUAUUUAGGGUUUUGCUGGGAGCUGAAAUUUUGAUUUAUUUAAUGAGAAUUGCUGAAGUUCUUUGAUUAUUACGAAGAAAUAGCAUUUGGGGUGUCGGAAAAAUUGAAUCUUUUGCGGGUUUUAUUUGUUGAUUUUUGAUGGCUCAGUCUAAUUCUAAGCCACCUAUGAGUAGUCAGAAUUUUGGUGUUGGAGCUGUAUCUCAUGUGAGGUCGUUAUCUCAAUCGAGUAUUUUCUCGAAUAGUUGUUUGCCCCCAUUGAGUCCUUUUCCUCCUAGUGAGCCGGGGAUGGUGUCGGGUCAUUCUAGCUUGAAAGAUAUAUCCAUGGAGGAAGCAGAUGUGAAUUCUCAAGGUGUAGGAGUUGUGUCUUCGUUUACGAGGGAUGGUCUUCCUCCUCGGAAGGGGCAUCGUCGAUCUAAUAGUGAUGUUCCAUUGGGAUUCUCGGCUAUGAUUCAGUCUUCACCUCAGUUGAUGCCUAUAAGUGGUCAGAAGGUUUUAGGGAGAGCAGUGAGUCUUGGGGAUAGCAAUGGAAAGAUUGAUGAGAGGAAACCAAAGGGAGAGGUUACAGAUGAGUUGUUGUUUUCCUACAUGAAUUUGGAAAAUAUAGAGACAUUGAACGGUUCUGGCACGAAGGACAGAGAUAAGGACAGCAUUGUCAGUGGGACAAAGGUAACCGGUUCUGAGAGCAGCAAUAAUGAAGCAGAAAGUGUUAUGAAAGGGAAUAAUGUUAGUAUCCAACCAACAAAUUUAAGGGAAGGAACCAAGAGGAGCGCUGAUGCGAAUAUUGCUCCAGCUGCACGUCACUUUAGGAGUCUUUCCAUGGAUAGUGCUAUUGGAAAUUUUCACUAUGGCGAUGAGUCACCAAAUUUACCAACUUCUCUGAUGAUGCGUUCCGGUCAGCUUUCACCAAGUAAUUCAGGAAAUGAAAGUUCGAGCAAGCACAAUCUUGACUUCGGAAAUUCUGAAUUUAGUGAAGCUGAGAUGAAGAAGAUUAUGGCAGAUGAAAGACUUGCUGAGAUUGCAGUUUUAGAUCCCAAGCGUGCUAAAAGGAUUUUGGCUAAUCGUCUGUCUGCUGCUCGAUCCAAGGAGCGAAAAACACGUUACAUCUCAGAAUUGGAACACAAGGUUCAAAAGCUACAGACAGAAACAACUACCUUAUCCACACAAGUUACAAUCCUGCAGAAAAAUUUUGUUGAGAUUUCAAGCCUGAACAGUGAGCUGAAAUUCCGCAUCCAAGCCAUGGAGCAACAGGCACAGCUUAGAGAUGCUCUGCAUGAGGCAUUAACUGCAGAAGUCCAACGUCUAAAGCUUGCUGCUGGGGAACAUAGGGAGGAAGGACGGUUGCCUAAUAACAUGACACAACAGACACCAGUGAAGCAUAAUAUAUUCCAGAUGCAGCGUCAGCAGCCUAGUCAAAUGCAACAAUUAUCUGUUGGUAAAGCAUCUGCGGCUUCAGCAACACCUGCAUCCGCCUAGUGGGCGAAGAUUAAAGCCUUUGAGGAGGUGAAGAUUAUCUCUACAUGAAGCCUAAAAGUUUAUUACUUCAAUUAUCGGUCUUACAUGCUACGCACAAACAGUGAGAAACUAAGCUUUCAGAUAGUAUUAUAUUCAUAUAAGUUUCUUAUGUGUGUCUGGCUACAAUUUAUACUAUAUGUAGUGAAUCAUUAUUUUGUUCUUUGGAAAUGACUGUAUCAAUAAAUUGGAGUCAAACUUUGUGGUGCCAAUGUUUUCUCCUA